CCAAUAUUCUGGACUCUUUCGUUAGAGGAGUUAUUUAUUUGUAAGUUGGCUAUUCCUCAUUGCACGCGCUGCAGCAUGUCAAAGCAUUGAUCAGGAGUUCCGUACUUGUGAAAAGAGUUGUUGUAAGAAAUAUAAUGCUGGAUAAUCGAAAGUGAAGGCGAGAGAGGCAAGGUGACCGACUUAAACACGGGAGAUAUUCAACGAUCAAGUUGCCAUUGAGUCAGUUGUCAAAAUUUGAUGCAUUUGUGUCUUGAAGACGGACAAAAUGUUUGUAUAGGACAUAAUGAGACAUUCUCAAAUGUAUAGACUCUGAGUUACUUAUUGGAUAAGUUAACCAUGUAUUCUCCGUCAUUAGAAUUUCUCAAAUCUCCAAUUGAGAAUGUUGUAAACCUUUUGGGUGGUGUUCCCCAAGAUCAUGAAAAAGCAUUAAAACAUGGAUUUUACAAUGCCUUAGCAAUUCUUUUAUUAAUGAUUGCUCUUUCUGCUGGGUGGGCGGUGUUCAUUGUUUUAGAACCAUUUUUUAAACCAUUAUUAUGGGCCCUUUUAUGUGGAUCUGUAUUGUAUCCUAUCAAACAUUCUUUGGCAACUUCAAUGAAUUCAUGGUUAAGCAGCCUACCUACAAAUUCAACUCCUUUGCUUUUGGGAAUUAUUAUUGUACCCAUACAAAUUCUGGACAACACAUCUGAAAGAAUUGGAAAUGUGACUCUGAAGUAUAUAAAGUACAUUGUUGGCUUUGUGCUUUGCCUCUGCAUUUGCCAUAUUAUGUACCAGUAUACUCCUCACAUAUGUAUUUGCAUCAUAUGGAAACUUGGAAUGAUUGGGAGCAAUGCUAUUUCAUGGUUUAUGAGCCUUUUUGAUACUUACAGAAUAUUGGCAAUUAUUCUUGGGUAUAUUAUCCUUCUAAUAUCAUUCUGGACUCCAGAUACAGCUCAUUAUUUUACUCUGGCAGCUGUUUUUUUGUGGAUGGCAAUUUCUUUAUUUUUGGCCAGUCUAGCAUCAUCGUUUCAAGUGACAAUAUUUUUUGUUCUUCAAUGCCUUUUUGGUUGUGGUUUUGGCUAUGAAGUUCUUCUUGUGUAUGAAAAGAUGUCUGCAUCAAAUAUUUCAAGAAAAAUUGUACAGUUCCAGGAGGAAUCUUUGUUGUCAGAGGAAAAGCUUAAAGAUGUAAAUGAGAAGAAUGAAAAUGAACAAGGUUUAGAAAAAGAAAAUCUUUCUAAACCCAAAGAUAGUGCAAAUGUAGAGAUAAGACCAAAAGAUCUUGUCUCUGGUGCAGUAGGUUCUAUAAAUAAUCCUUCUGAAAAAGAAUACUCGAACAUUGAAACUAUUUCUCAAAAAGAUGUUAGGAAGAGACUUUUGCCACUUGAUGAAACUGCAAGUAGUUCAGGGAUUGAGAGAAGCACUCCAAGUUUUUCAGAAACAUCUUUUCAAAAACAAAUGAUUGCCGCUGCUCUUCAUAAACAUAAAGCCAGAAUUGAGGUUGGGAGCUCAAAUGUAAAUUCAAAACAUCGUGAACGCCCUGAAAGCACAAAAUAUCUGUAUGGUUUAACGUGGGCAUGUGUUCUUCUCUCUAUGUGGACCUACUUUUGGCUUCUGCAUGCUACUUAUAUACUUCUGCUAAUUUAUAUAAUUAAACACACAGGCCAAUAUUUUCAUAUUUGGCAGAUGAUUGAGGAACAGAUAAAGAAAUUAUGGACAGUUAUACACACUUGGUAUUCGUCACGUCAUGAAGCAUUAUUUCCAGUUCACAUAACUGGUUUUUUCAAGCUUGCUACACAAAUGAAUGGGGUGAUAAUGGAAAUAUUGAAAGAUUCUGUGAACAUGGCUUGUUGUACUAUUGUCAUUCUGGGAGUGAUAUGUGCUAUAAUUUCUACAAUCGUUUUCUUAACUGUUCAGGUAUACUCUGAAGGUAUUCACAUGCUCCAAGUGGGAAGUAGUAUUCUCAAUAGUACAUACAUGAGAAACACCAAGUUAAUGGAUGGUUGGCAGUCUCAGUUAGAUUCUAUUGUUAAUGAUGCAUAUUCAUAUGGUCGACAAGGCAUUUCUUCUGGUGUUCAUCACUGGCUGAAAGAUGUAGAUCCAGAAAAAGCAUCUCAAUUGGAGGAACAAGUUUUGCAACUAUGGGACAGAAUUUAUCAGGCUUGGAUGACUUCAAACAAUGCAGCUAUAGGGCCAAAAGUUACAACAAGUGCAAUUUAUGCCAGCUUUGAUAGUUUAGUGGAAGAUGUACAAAAGACACCAGAGCUUCUUAAUAUGGCAGGAAUUAUGGCCUUUCUUCAAGACAAUGUGGGAACUUUGCUUACAGUGUUUGACUCUCUUUGGAUAAUUUUGAAGGGCAAUAUAACCCUUUUCAUGGAUUCUUUUUUGGCCAUUAUUAUGAUUGUUUUUGGAAGUGGUACUGCUGUUAUUAAUUUUUUUCUGAAUUUGAUAGUAUUCUUUACAGCUCUUUUUUAUCUUUUAGCUUCUAGUAAUGAAAUGUAUAAACCAGUAGAUCUAAUUACAAAAUAUAGCCCCAACAGUGGUAAGAGAUUUGCUGUGGCGUUAGAGGAUGCUAUAGCUAGUGUGUUCCAUGCAUCCAUAAAGCGUGCCAUUAUAUAUGGUUUGUGGACUUGGCUUAUUCACAAUCUCUUUCAAGUCAAGCUUGUAUAUAUUCCGUCAGUUCUUGCAGCUAUGUUAGGUGCAAUUCCAGUCAUGCCUGUAUACUUGCCUAGUGCACCAGCUGUUUUGGAAUUAUAUUUCCAAGACUGUACCUUUUAUGCUGUGCUACUUUCAAUAAUUCAAGUAGUGUCUGCUUCUACAAUUGAUAGCACUAUUUAUAAAGAAAUCAAAGGUGGUGGUCAUCCAUAUUUGACAGCCUUAUCCAUUGCUGGUGGAAUGUUUUGGUUGGGCCCAGAAGGCGUGAUAAUGGGUCCUUUAUUAUUAUGUGCACUUUUUGUAGCUGUUAACAUGUCUACAUACAUACUUCAAGACAAUGAAUCUGAGCAAGAACUUCAGGAACAAAUGAAACAUCUCAGUGAAUUAAGUCGAUUGACUCAACUUCGUAAGUCUGUAUCAUGACUGAACAUAGUUUUUAUCUAUCUUUUGAUGGAAAACAAAGAUGAAAAUGUAUCUUAAAUGUCCAAAUGUCACUUUGAUAUCAAGAAUUUUGAUUUAUUGGAUUUUUUUAUGGUAAUUUAUGCAUUUGUCUGCAUUUAAUGAUGAAUUUUGUUGGUCGGGCAUAGCAAAUUAAUGAUUCUUAAACUAAAGCUUUACGUAAGGUAGCACAAAAUCUAUUUUGCAUGUUUUUACACCUAAUUCCAGAGUUUAUAUUCUAUUUUAAAGUUUAUUUAACAGUUAUAUUGUUAAAUUUUAUUUGUGAAAAUAUAUAUGUGAAACUAAUAGAACAGAAAAUCUCUCUAUAAUCAAAAUCUACCAUUCAAAGGGAUAAUUAGAAUUUUAGUUUAACUUUACUAAUUUGUUUUUAAUAUAGGGUUUUUGUUGACAUUAAUGUUGCCUCAAAACUAGAAAGAUUUCUAUUGCAUCACUUUUAACACAUCAUAGAUAGCUUAUUCCGGUAAUGAAAUAUUCUCUAGUGACAGGUUCUUUAAAUGAUGAAAGUCUACCCAAAAAAUGAAACCAAAAAAUGUGAAUUAACAGUUUGUUCAUAUUAUUCCUUCAUAUGUGCAUUAACUAUAAUGUGUUAAAGUAUAAAAUAUAAUUGCAUUAUAAUUUUAAAAAAGUACUACUGUGCGAGUUUUAAUAUGCUUCUUUAUCUUUUGCAAUAAGUAUCUUGGCUUCAAUUGGUAUUGAUGAAUAGUAAGCAGUAUUAAGUAUUUAGAAGUAGUUUGACCUGAUUUAAUUCCUGUAUUAAUUUAAUUUUGAUUAUUUUUCUUGCAUUUAUGUAUUGUCUGUGAAUUUAUUGUUUUGCUCGUUUCGUGGUGAAAAAUAUUGCAGGAUAGAAUGAAGCAUUUGCAUUUAAAUAAAAGUAACUGACAUUCAAUAUUGUAGGAAAAAUGCAUAUUUUUCCAUUGUAUUUCACAAAAUAUUUUGCACAAACAUUAAUGUAUAGGUUAAUUAUCAUUGCUAUUUGCUCUGUGAUCUUAAACCCAGUAAGGAUAUAUAGAGAGCUCCUCCUCUCCUUGAGAAAAAGCUAAUAUGUCCAUUUACCCAAAAUGUCAGAUACCAUUACUGUCACCCAAAAACUUGUAAUAUAGAUUUGAAAAUCACAAUUUAUCAAAUUUAGCUAAUUAUUUUAAUUUACAGGCUAAUUUUUCAAGAUAAGCAUUGUAGAUAGUAGGCAAUGCUGUGCCAGUUUUAUUUUACAGUAUUGGUAGGCCUUCUGAUUAUAAAGAGAUUGUUCUACUUUGCAAAGAAAUGCAAUAACUGAAUAACGUGAAAAUGUGGGCAAAUAGUCAUGACUUUAAAUUAUUAUUGAAAAGGCUGUGGCUUAGUUGUAAAGAGAUAAAUUUGUACUUUAUAAAAAGGAUGUAAAUAAGAUUUUACAAGUAUUUGUAUGUGUGUGCUUGUUGAUCAUUGAUUAGGUUGCGUACAUGUCUUUAUAUGUAUGCUUGUGUAUGUAUGAAAUGUCUGUUAUAAGUCUGCAUAUUUAUCAAGAAAAAAAAUAAUUUUGUAUUGUUUGUAACAUUAUUUCAUCCAAAUUUCUCGUCAUAAUUUUAUUAUUAUGUUGUUUAUGAAGGAAGUAACUUGUCUGUGGAAAAAAGUUUCAUGCAAUAACACAUUGCUGAAAUAAAUUGAUACUCUGAAAAUUCAAAUAUUAAUUUUGUAUGAUGACAAAUGCAAUUGUUAUUGUUUUACAAUUUUUCUUUGGAAAAAUGUUCUUGUAUCAGUUAACAAUUUGUAAAGUUUUAUUAUAUGAUGCUUUAUUAAUGCUUGAGAUGUCUUUGAAACAAGUCAUCAAAGCAAAGCAUGAGGUGGAUUUCUAUUUCAUCUAUUUUUUAUUAUGAUAACUAAGCUCUUUAAAGACAGCUAACGGAGCUUAAGGAAUUCCCAUUUUUCUCAAUCUUUCCAAUUUCCUUUGUGUAGUCCUCUGACAGUCAUCGCAUCUUGUACAUCUUGGGCCCAGCUUCUUGGUGGGCGACCCUGUUUACUUCUCUUGUGAGGAAUCCAUUUCCAUAUCAAUUUAGGCCAUCGAAAUUCCUCAAUUCUUUGUAGAUGACCAUACAAGAGGAGGUGUUUGGUUUCAAUUUUGUCAAUAUUUCUUUUAAUGCUCAUAAUAUCCCUUAUUUUCUCAUUCCGUGUGUUUCCAGUUUAGAAAUGUCACUGCUUCUUCUCCAAAAAUCCAUUUCAAGUGCAAGAAAUCUGUCUUGUUCUCUUUUUUUCUCCACACUUCUGCACCAUAGGUAGAGACACUUUCAACCACUGAGGAGUAAGUAAUAUGCUUUGUUCUUUUUUUAUUUUAUCAUUCCACAGAAUGGGUUUUAGUUGCCGUAUCACUCUUUUACCUUGUCCAAUUUUAUUAGUAAUGUCAUCACUGCUUUUACCAUUAUAUGGUAAAGUGACUCCUAAAUAUUUAAAAGUUGUACAACCUUUAAUGUUUUCAGCCUCUAUCUCUAUAUCUUUCCGCUCAUCAUCUUCCACUUUGAUACUCAAUUUUAGAUGUACUAAUCUUUAGGCCCCAUUUUUCAUAUUUCUCUUUCAACUUAAGAAGCAUAUAACUCAAGUCAUCCAUAUCUUCUGCCACUAUGACCUGAUCGUUGACAAAGAGAAGGGUAAACAUAAUUUCACAACCGCCUGGAAUGCCCAUACCACUACGCUUCCUCUAAAUAUAUCUUAAAAAGUGUCAGUGCUAUAGUACAUCCCUGUCGAAGGCCUUUCGUAACCAGGAAUUUUGAGGAAACUUAAUUGUCUAUUAUGACCAUGCUUGUACAGUUCUUGUAAAAUUCUUUUAUGACAUUAACAUAAGUUAUCGACACUCCAUUCUAUAAACUGGUCCACAACUUUUGUGUAACAGUGUUGUAAACCUUAUGUAGGUCUACAAAAGCUAGAUGAGUUGUUAAACAUCUACAAACUCUUUUUUAAUCAGGUUUUGUAAUGUAAAUAUCCCGUCUGUACAUGAGCACCCUGGUCUAAAUCCAUUUUGCUCUUCAAAAUCCUUUACUUCCCUCUCUAGUGUUUCUUUCAAAAUACGGCCAUAAAGCCUAGCUAAUGACAGCAUUACACUGAUUCCACAAUAGUUGGAACUUUCCUAUUGCCUUUCUUGUACAUCAAAGUGAUUAUUGUAGUUUUCCACUCCCAAAGUACAGUAUCCCCUUUCAGACACUUAUCGAGUAUCUUGGACAGGAUCUCAUAGAGUAUACGUGGUGCAGACUUUAUUAAUUCAUUAUAUUACCAGAACCAGGUGCUCGACUGUUCUUACUUAAUUUUACAGCUCUGAUUACAUCUUGUGUCAUUACCAGUGAGAUGUGUGAAUUUUAUUCAUUUGUACUCUUCUCAUUUACCAUGUCCACCGAAAAAUUAUGUCUAUCUACUGUAAGCAUUGCUUUAUAAUAUUCCCUCCACUCUUCCAUGCUUAUUGAACCAAUUCCUGCAAAGUUAUUAUCUUGUUUUCUCAUUGACUUCAGUAUACACCAUGCUUUAUUGGCUCUAGUGUUUCCAAAACAUUUCUUUAUAUCCUCCCUUUUAUUUUGCCAUACCUCAUUUUUUACUGCAAUGACUGCUCUUUGUGAUUUGUUCUUCCUGUCUAUGUCUUUAUAUAUUUGAAGGUAUUAGUCAGAUUUUGUGGCGAGCCACUUAUUAAAUGCCAUUUUCUUCUUUUAUACUAUCUCUACAGUUCCUUUCCACCACAUUUCUUUUUUCCUAUUCCAUAUAUUUUGUUAUUCUUUUUCCCCUAAUGCCUCAAAGGCAGAUUUGUGUAUCUUCUUCUUAACUGCCUCAUACAUUUUAUUAGCAGAAUCAUCUACAACGUUACACAGUUUUGUGACUGAUCUCAUUGUAUAAAGAAAGAAAACAAGUAGAGUCGUCGUGACGUUUUUGCAAAUUAUAAUUUAUUUUUAAAAUAUUAUUACCACCUUCAAUUUUGUAAGCAUCUUGUGUACUUUUAAAAGGAAAGAAAAUUCUGGACACCAGUAAAUGAUGAUCUGAUAACUCACUGACUCUGGGCCUCUCAAUACUUUUACAUCUUUUAUCCAGAGUAUUGGUUUUUGUCGUAAUAUAAUAUAAUCAAUUAUAGAUCUUAAAUUCCAAGUUGUCUGUAUCCAUGUAUUACUUCGAGAGUAUUCUGUCAACAUCUCUCCAUUAUUAUACAUUAAAUUUUCCCCAUACUGGUAUACUAUAAGAUCGGCAAUUCUCCAUUGAGAGCAAGCUUUUAAAUCGCCAACUAAUAAAAUUUAUUUUCGGUCACUUACCUAACCUUUCACAUUUUCUUUCUUCAGUGUAAAAUAUUCAAGAAAGGAUUUUAGUGAUUAAAGUAUAAAUGCUUAUUAUAUAAUUGGAGAAUUAUUGUAUAUCUGGAUAUUUCUUAAACGAUUAUAAUUGAAAUAAAUGUUAUUUCUUCAAUACAUUUACAUAUUGUUUUUCACAUUACUGUUAGUAAAAAAGAUGAUGAAUAUAUCUGUAGCAACAAGACAAAAUCAGUCAACUACUCUUUCAUUGAUUUCAAGAUAUUUCCAUGUAUAGUUUCAAAAAUUAUUUUAUAAUUUUCAUAUAUGAAGUUAAAACAAAUGUUGAAUAUCCUUUUGGCUACAAAAUGUAGGAAUAAGCUUCAUUUAUAUGACUAAUGAGCUUUUAUUUGCCAAAAAAAUGUAUAUCAAUUUUUAACUGUUUUGAGAAUGUUCAUAACAGUUAACUGAUUUUGUAAAUUUAAUUUACAAAAAUGCAUAUAUAGGGAAUGUUGAAUUUGUAUUUAUUACAUAUACUUAGCAAAUAAGCAUUAUAACAUUAAUUCAUUUACAUGUUGAAAAUUUAGACUAAUGACUAAAUUUAGACUAAUUUUGCCAUUUGCAACAGAUACAAUUAUUUUGUAAUUCCAAUAAUCUAUUGCCUAGAUUUAAGUUAUUGUUAGCAGAUUAAUCCAAUCCAUGGGCAAAGUUUUAUAAUUAAACUUCUUUUAACUACAGAACUUGUUUAAGGAGAUGCACAAUAAUAUUUUGGUUUGGUGUUUGAAAUUAGUGUCAUCUUGGUAAGAUAAUUGUAGCAUGCAAUUACUUUUAAUAAGGAAAUAGGUAUUGCUAGUUUACUCAGUCUUUAAAAAGAAAAUUUGCAUCCAAGUUAUGUUAGUGAUGUGAUUAAUGUACUUCUCAUAUUGUUUUAUUGAUUUGUGUUGAACUUACCUACAUUUUGAAGAAGAUUCACGAAUUGUCUUUCCUUUGCAGAAGGAAAAUUAAUAUAAUUUGCAAGAAUCUCUGAUAUAUUUGUAAAUAUUUUUUAAAAAGUUUUUUCAUAAUUUCUUUUCUACAUAGUAUGAUUUUGGCCCAGAAAAUGGGAUUACUAAUGCUAGGCAAGGCAUGAAAUGAAGUUAUUGUAUUGUGGAAAUGAAAGUUAUUGUGGAAAUUGAAAGUUAAUGUGAGCUCAAUAUUUUUAAUAAACAGUCUUUCUUUUCACUAUAAUAACCUGAUCACAGUUACAUAAAUUGUUUCCUUGGUUUACUGAAUCAGAGAGUUCUGUAAAAUCAUGUAAGGUUUAUAGAAUGAAGUAAUUAAUUUUUGUAAUAAGCCUGCAUGAAAUUGAUUUUACUUUUAUUUCAAAUUCCUAAAUUAAUGACUGGUGGCUAUAAUUUAAUAUAGUAUUAUUUUUAGGGAUUUUGUAACUAAUAAUUGGGCAUNAUUAAUUUUUAUGUAGUUUCUUGUAUUUUACUACAGUGUCAAUAUGAAAGUACUAACUUAUUUGAAGAUGUAGCUCAGGAAUUUGUUAGCAUUAACACGUUUAUCAGUUUAACUGAAAAAUUUAAAGUGAUGUUUGUAGCAUUAGUACAAGGAGGUUCUACACAUUUGUAAUAAUAGAGUUGCAACUAAACAAAAAUGAUGUGAUACUUGCUAUGCAUGAACUUCAAUGUGAAAAUAUACAAAGAAAUUUACCUUUCAUUCUUUAUGUUUAUUCCUAGCUAAAUGAGAUGAAAAAUAGAGUACUUUCCUUUUCCAGCAGGGGCUAUCUCCCAGGAAAUAUUAUGGAGAGAGUCAAAAGUACCUGUAAAUGCACAUUUAACAUGAAUAUUUUAAUUGAGGCAAGAAAGGACUCAUUACAUUCAAUAACUGAAAUCAUCUCAUAGUGGUACAAAUUAAUUACCAAUGAUUGUAUGAUUUUUAGUCACCUUUUUGAUAUAGGGAGUUAUUAUAUAUGCUUGGAAGAUAUGCCUGUCAUAAAAUGUAUUAUGAUUUUUCAUUAAAAAUGCUAUUAAUUGUCUAUUUAUUAUUUUUUAGAUUAAUUAAUCUAGCUUACAUUGUUGUGAUAUUAUUGUUUAUAGGUUUUAAAAUUCUGUACAUUAUCUUUUAAAAGAAUUCACUCAAGUUGUGUCGAUUAUUGACAGUGAAUUAUUAAUGUGCCUGUGCAUUGAAUUAAAUUAAACAAAUUCACAAUUAUAUGGGACUAAAACUUGAAAAAAUAGUUUUAACAAGACACUUCUUGGUUUGUGAUGAAUGAUGUAUUUUCAUCAUUGUAUUGUGACUGAUUCAGUAAUGUUCAUACAACAGCUACUUGCAAGUAAAGUGUAACAAUGCAGUGGUGAUUUAUGUACUCUUAGUGUACUGGUCUUAACCUUUCAAUGUGGAAUGUCAUCUUGAAAUGGAACAUUUUUUUCACUUCUGCUUGUGGGAAUCUGUCCCUAAAAUGUCAAGGGAUGCAGCAGGAUGCUUUUUGGAGAUAAAGGGCUGCCAGAGUGGUGCAUUGCAUUGGCUACCUCUUCCCAUGGUGAUGUUUCCUUGACCUGUAUUGAAAUGCUAACAUGCCCAACCUAGCAUCCAUGUUGAAAGAUUAAGUAGACUCUAGUAUUCCUCCCUCCAUGAUUUUUUAGGCUUGUUAUUCAUUGUAAUGGAAGAAAUGCUAGAUACCAUUGAAAUGGUUUAUGUUUGUUUCAACCAGUUGACCUGGAAAAUGGAAAUACUAGGGCUGAAAUGUAGAAACAAAAUAUUACAAGUUUUGCCAAUCUGUUGUCAGAAUACUAAUUAUAAUAAUACUCUCUGCUGAUAAAGUUUGAAAAGGAAAGUACAAUUCACAAUCACUUUUUGCACAAAUUUGUUAGUAUUUUUUAAAUUAAUUAAUUUAUUUAUUCAUUUGGUUUGAUUUGAGUAUUUGAUGUAUGUUAGUAAAACUGAAAAUUUGUGUUUGUGUCUUGCCCCUUUUGAAAUGAAUUGUCAACUUCAUUAGAUAUUAAACAAGAUAUUGCAAAGUAGUGGCUUUUGUUAGACAGAUGGGGCAUUACAAAAACAAGUUGAAUCAUGACAGUGUGAAAUAACUUACUGACUAUAAAUAAACUAAUGUGUCCAAAUUUUCUAUUGCUGUGGGAAAGUGCAAAUAAUAUAUGGCCCAAGGGUAGGUUUGUGUAAAAUGUUCAGUUCCAACCAAGGAACUUUAUUUCUCAAGUUUAGCAAAACAUUUUUCCUCUGAAAAUAUUUUUUUUCCCUUCAGUGUUUUAUAAUGGUUGCAGGUCUACAGCAUUAGAAACACAUGAAAGGUGAAAUUUACUUCUAGAAAAACUCAUAGCUACCUCACUUACUUUUAAUAUCUUGGGCUAUAAUAUUUUACUAACCUUCUUUCCUUAAUUUGUAUUCAUUCGGAUUUUGCAGAGUAGUUGCUGAAAUUACAAAAAAUUGAAUGUUAUCCUAUUAUAUUACAAUCUGCUUAGUCUCUUGGUAGUAAGUUGAAAUUGUUGGUUUGCACUUAAGAAUUAAAUUUUUCAUUAAAUUCUUGUAAUUUUACAAUAUUUUUUUUAGCCAUUAUUGAAUUACA